AAAUCGCCCCAGUCCAUUCCCGGUGAAUAAGCUGAAGACUUUGCUCUUGCGGGGGGGAAGAAGAUGACUGACGACGAGUUUGGAUAUAUUCACAUGCUGGCCCAGGACUAUCUGAAGUAUGUCCUGCAGAUACCACAACCUGGAUCUGGUCCAAGCAAAACAUCUAGAGUGUUACGAGACGUGGCUUUCUCCGUCCAAAACGAAGUUGAAAAGAAUUUGAAACCAUGCUUGGACAAUUUUGAUGUUGUGUCCAUAGACACUGCCAGAAUAAUAUUCAAUCAAGUGAUGGAAAAGGAAUUUGAAGAUGGCAUCAUUAACUGGGGAAGGAUUGUGACCAUAUUUGCAUUUGAAGGUAUUCUCAUGAAGAAACUUCUGCGAAAGCGAAUUGCCCCAGAUGUGGACACGUACAAGGAGAUUUCUUACUUUGUCGCCGAGUUCAUCACCAAAAACACAGGACAGUGGAUAAGGCAAAACGGAGGCUGGGAAAAUGGCUUUGUAAAGAAGUUUGAACCCAAAUCUGGCUGGCUGACCUUUGUGGAAGUUACAGGAAAGAUCUGUGAAAUGUUAUGUCUCCUGAAGCAAUACUAUUGACUAAAAAGGACACUCCAUAUUGUGAAACU